AUGGCUCCUCCCAACCAUCACAACCGGCGUAACCACCGCCAUCCCCCACCCACCCUCGCACGCUCUAGCAAGUGCCGUACACUCUGCGACCUACCAGUUGAAAUCCUAUACAUGAUCAUAUCUCAUGUGGAGGCAAUGCAAAAUGCAUGGACGAUGCGCGUGUGCACGUUCGUGUGCCAUUGCCUCCGUGCCGUGUCGCUCGAGCAUCACUUCGGCACCCGCUUGGCUGUCAGGAACAUCGGCACUUUCGAUCACCUCCUCUCUUUUCUGGCGGAUAACCCAAAGGUUUGCGCGAAGAUCGAAGACCUUCGGAUGUCCGGCCAGACAAGGAAUAUCAAGAAGGACCAAUACCUUCCCCUCACGCCUAUCGAUGACACGGUAGUGCUCCGACUCAUGCAGCUGCUGCCCAACCUCAAGUAUCUCGAGCUUUCUAAGUUUAGAUUCGAAUCCCCGUAUACAUCUGCCCACCAACCGACCCCACACGCUCAGGAGGACACUCCGGAACCAUUCCACCUUCAACGGCUGUCGUUGGCCCACUGGUCGCACACUCACUACAGCUUUCAUCACAAGUCUUCCACUUCUGCCUUGUUCCGCAUCCUCUCCCUGUUUGUCGUUGACCUGCUGGACGCGUCUUGGAUAAAUUACGAGUUUGAAGCCUCCGCGCUCGAUCUCGCAUACCUCCACCGCCCCUUGAAUGUCAAGGAACUUCGGCUAGGCAGCCGCCCUUCUGCGGAUAGGUUCAGCACACUCAAGCUCCUGAAAGCUUUUCAGGAGAGUCUCGAACCCGGGGCUUUGCGCAUUCUCGACGCCGAAUGUCGCACUGUCCGCGAUGUGCCUGCCCUAGGCAAGCUUCUCGUACGCACGGGUGAGGGUCUCACGAGCCUGAAGGUCGCGGGGGUCGCACCUUACAUUCUACAAGAACGAAAGGACUGGAGGGACCCUUUGGACAGUCAAUGGCAGAGUCUUAACCUCACGUCGUGUCCCAAACUCGAGUCAAUCAAGAUCGAUAUCUUCUUCCGCGCAUCUAGCGAGGACAAGCAGCCUACAGGGGGCCCCGUCCUUAGCCUCGCAGGCGCCGGUAUUCUCUCUCAGGCGUCGGGCGCCCUACGUAACAUCACCAUCCGCUUACACGACCUGCCUCGGGUAACGACGCUAACUAACAGGCGGCUGCUCCGCUUGCAAGCGUUCGAGAACGUCAUCACACCCAAGCGUUUCCCUCUCCUACAGAAUGUUGAGCUGCUUAUCAAGCCCGAAUGGAACGUCGAGCGAACGACAACAUGUCAGUGGCAGCACGUCGUAGCCGAGGCGCAGAAGGCGUUGCCAAAAUUACACUCGCGAGGAUUGCUGCAGGUAACCAAAUAUUGAAAGUGCGCAUGUCGACACCCCUUGUCGAUUGUUGGUGAUAACGCCAUUUAUAUCGUCAAUGUGACUCACGCGAACGUGCUGCGAUUCCAGUCUACUGAACCAAAUGGAUGGUAAGUUGUGUG